CAACUGCCGGUUCUCGGCAGUACUUUCCUCACGAUCUGACAGCGUGAGGAAAGUGCAGCCGAGAACCGGCAAUUGCAUUUCCCGGUGAUCAGCGUGUCAUUUGACACGGCUGAUCAUGUGGUAAAAGGCCGCUGUGAUUGGCCUUUUACCACAUCACGUGAUCAGCGGUGUCCGUAGGACACAGCGAUCAUGGAGAUCGCCGGGUGCGCGCCCCCUGAGAUGCCCAGCAGUGCCACCCACCUGUUCCCAGCAAUCAAUGCCACCCACCAGUGCCCAGCAUUGCCACCCAUCAGUGCUGUCCAGCAGUGCCAUCCAUCAGUGCCCAGCAGUGUCACCAGUCAGUGC